UAUACAAGUCAAAAAUCAAAUGUUACCCCGGACACGCCUUAAGUUUCAGGCUUAUUUCUAUAUAAGUUAGCAGAAUAUGGGCGCAUGUAUUUCAACAAGUCCCCAUCUUUAGAUCAAAUCCACUUUGUGCACACAAAAACAGGUAUUUUCUUGUCUAUAUGAAUUAAUUAUUCAUUAAUUCAUUCUAUAGUCGGUUUUGUCCAAGAUUUUCAGAAAAUAACUUUUAAAUAGGAAAAACGAAUAAAAAUGAGGGUGGCGGUGAUCGGAGGUGGGGUAAGUGGAUUGGGAAGUGCUUACGUUCUUGCAAGAGAUGACGCAGUUAAGGAGUUGGUGCUGUUCGAAAAGGAGGACUCUCUGGGAGGUCAUGCUAGAACGAUGCGUUUUGAUGGCGUUGACUUAGACCUUGGAUUCACAGUCUUCAAUAGUGUUACGCAUCCGAACAUGAUGGGAUUCUUGAAGAAUCUAGAGGUAGACAUGGAGGAUUCUGAUAUGUCUUUCUCAGUGAGCCUUGACAAUGGCCGAGGCUACGAAUGGGGAUGCCGCCACGGCCUUUCAAGCUUGUUUGCUCAGAAGAGAAACAUUCUCAAUCCGUAUUUCUGGCAGAUGAUCAGAGAAACAAAAAAGUUCAAGGAAGACGUACAAAAAUAUCUAGAAGACCUGGAGCGUAACCUUGAUGUCGACAGAACAGACACCCUAGGAGAGUUUCUCAAGUCUCAUGGGUAUUCUGACGUGUUUCAAAAGGCUUACUUGGUACCAGUAUGUGGUUUGAUAUGGUCAGGUUCAUCAGAGAGCGUUCUCAACCUUUCGGCGUACUCUGUUCUUUCGUUUUGUCGUAACCACCAUUUGCUUCAGCUCUUUGGGAGGCCAGAGGGGCUGACCGUUGCAGGACGUUCUCAGACUUUUGUGGCAAAGGUUAGGGCAGAAUUGGAGAAACGAGGAUGCAAGAUUAUAACAAAUUGCAAUGUACAAUCUGUUGCGACAUCUGAGAAUGGUUGCGUCAUAGUAACAACUGAAGAUGGAUCUCAACAAAUAUUCGAUAGCUGCAUAUUAGCUGUGCACGCACCAGAUGCUUUGAAAUUACUUGGAGAUAAAGUUACUUAUGAGGAGACUAGGGUUCUUGGUGCUUUCCAAUACACUGACAGCGAUCUUUAUCUCCACCGUGACACUGACCUGAUGCCACGGAAGACUGGUGCUUGGAGCGCUUGGAAUUUCCUAGGAAGUUCUGAAAAUAAAGCGAGCGUUACAUAUUGGCUCAAUAUAAUUCAGAAGCUUGGAGAGGAACAUGAUCCAUUCUUUAUCACUGUUAAUCCUGAAUAUACACCGAAGAAAACAUUGUUCAAAUGGACCACUAGUCAUCCUGUGCCCUCCGUUUCCACUUGGAAAGCUUCACAAGAGCUAUACCAGAUUCAAGGGAAGCGUGGUAUAUGGUUCUGUGGUGCAUAUCAAGGUUAUGGUUUCCAUGAAGAAGGACUAAAGGCUGGCAUGGCGGCUUCACAAUGUCUGCUAGGAAAAGAUAUGGUUACAACUUUUACCAACCCGAAACAUAUGGUCCCAUCUGUAACCGAGAAAGGGGCUCGGUUUUUCUUUACUAAAUUCUUGAGAAAUUUCAUAUCAACCGGUUGUAUAACAAUACAUGAAGAAGGAGGUACAGUGUUCACUUUUGAAGGAAAGGAUUCAAGCUGUCACUUGAAAUCUAUCCUUGAAGUCCACAGUCCUCAGUUUUACUGGAAGGUUAUGACACAGGCAGAUUUAGGCCUUGCUGAUGCUUAUAUCAAUGGAGAUUUUUCAUUUUCUGAUAAGGAAAGAGGACUUUUGGAUCUGAUCAUGAUUCUUAUUGCAAACAAAGAAUUGAACUCAAAAAACUCAAAACUUGCUAAGAAAAGGGGAUGGUGGACACCGAUGUUCCUGACUGCCAGUUUAGCAUCUGCAAAUAAUUUUCUAAAGCAUUUUUCUAGGCAGAACACAUUAACCCAAGCUCGAAGGAACAUUUCUCGUCACUAUGACCUUAGUAAUGAGCUUUUUGCUUUGUUCCUGGAUGAUACCAUGACUUAUUCCUCUGCAGUAUUCAAGUGGGUUGAUGAAGAUCUGAGAACUGCACAAAUGAGAAAAAUAUAUCUUCUAAUUGAUAAGGCAAGGAUUGAGAAGAAUCAUGAGGUUUUAGAAAUCGGAUGCGGGUGGGGAACUUUAGCCAUAGAAGUUGUGAAAAGAACUGGAUGCAAAUACACUGGCAUCACACUUUCUAUUGAACAACUUAAGUAUGCAGAAGAAAAAGUGAAAGAAGCUGGACUUGAGGAUCGGAUUAAGUUUAAGCUCUGCGAUUAUCGCCAACUAUCUGAUGCUCACAAAUAUGACAGGAUUAUAUCUUGUGAGAUGCUAGAAGCUGUUGGCCAUGAAUUCAUGGAGACGUUUUUUAGACAUUGUGAAGCUGCACUUGCAGAAGAUGGCAUUUUUGUAUUGCAGUUCAUUUCAAUACCUGAGGAGCGUUAUGAUGAGUACAGACUAAGUUCAGAUUUCAUAAAAGAAUACAUAUUCCCUGGUGGAUGCCUUCCUUCUUUAGCCAGAGUUACUUCAGCCAUGGCAUCUUCUUCUAGACUAUGCAUUGAAAACGUUGAGAACAUUGGGAUUCAUUACUACCAAACAUUGAGAUUGUGGAGGAAGACCUUCUUGGAGAGACAGAAACAAAUAAAUGAUCUUGGAUUCGACGAUAAAUUCAUCAGAACAUGGGAAUAUUAUUUUGACUACUGUGCAGCUGGUUUCAAGACUCUUACCCUUGGAAACUAUCAGGUAGUGUUCUCACGUCCUGGGAAUGUGGCUGCACUUGGGGAUCCAUUUCGCAGCUUCCCUUCUGCUCAAGUAUAAUCAAGAAUAUAUGCAUCUUUUUCAAACUUGCUUAAAGUAUUAUUGCUCUCUCAUUUCUUGUGUUGUUUUCCAUAAAAGAUUCAUAGUUUGGGUGUGAAAGUACAUAUGUAAACUUGUAAGAAUAUAUGCUUCCAUAAUUCUGUGCCAACAAUAUUGUACUGUCCAGACCAUAUAUCAAUUUAUUCUACAAUAAAAGUUCAUAACCGCCUCAACAAUGUGUCUUAUCUUUUUUUUUUUUAAAUAUAUGUUAAAUUUAUUCAAAGAAAACUGAUUUGUUUACAACAAGUGCAUCUGUUUUUUGAGAAAGCUAAACCUUAGUUACAACCCAACUCUGCUACUUUGUGGCAAGCCACAAAGUUAACGCUCCCGUAUACUUCAAAUCUCCUAUUUGUCGCAAUGAGAACAAUGUGUCUUAUCGUUUACUUCAUAAAUACAAAAUCCAAAAAAAAAGUUCCAACACAUACCACACUUCAUGAAGAGUGGCCCCUCUUUAUCUCAUAAGCAAGGCAAAAGCCAAAAGUUUGAGGUAAUGAGGCUUAGGGUUGCUUCUAUAGACCCAAGAGGUUCAUCGGCUGGCAGGUAUGCAUCAUCCUUAAAUUGCAACAUUGAAUUAUCGGAAACCAUUGGGAUUUUCACCGAUUUAACUAUGUAAUACGUGAAGAUUCUUACCUUAAUCAUUGAAGGGCUUUCCUUAGUUGACAGAUAUAUACGGUAAAAAGUGAAUAUUUGGCAUUUUUACGUGAAUCUAUGAAACAUCGGCGAACCUGAUCACCGAUUUAACUAUGUAAUACGUGAAGAUUCUCGUACCGUACGAGUCACAUAAUCACACAAAAGUGGAGAGCAUGCCUUCAUCAGAUGGAGACACUGUUUGUGCAGUGCAGCCCUCUUAGCUUAAGCAUGGCUGCAUGGGUAUUGGCUCAUGGAAGGUGCACUGUAUCUUGUACUCUUUCAUGGUCAUCACAAGGGAACAAAACUGGGAACCGAUUAAAACUAUAAGAAACAGGUUCAAUUCGGCUCAGAACAUAUAACACACAAAUAAAGUAAAAUUUGGGGUUUCUUUCUCUAAUGAACUAGUUUGGCUCUUUUCGCAAGAUUAUAAGAAAAUAGUUAGUAUUUUUCUUUUUUGAAACACAAGAAAAUAGUUAGUAAUUAUUAGUUAUCAAAGACAGAAAAAUGUAGUAGUUGAGGAAUAUUUAGAGAAUUGACGAUCAAUUUAUAGUCCGUAUAAAAUGGAAAAGCUCAAUAUUUUGAAGAAAAAGAAAGUUGAAUAUCCAUAAUUUAUUCUGUUGAAAAUAAUAAAAAAAAAAAGAAAAUAUCCUUUUUUUUUUAAACAAAA